AUGUGGAAACGCAGCUAUCCAAACCUUCGAGAAGCUCUUAAAAAUGGUGAGGUUAAGGUCAUGUAUGAUCCGAAUCCUCCGGAUAGAGCACCUGGCUGGAGGUCUAGAGAAAGGGAAAAGGAAAAGAAGAUGCGCCAGGAAAUGAAAGCCGAUGAAAAGAAGUUUGCUGAAAGGAAGGACAAGAAAAGACGCGAUAACCUCGAGAGGCAACUCAGAGACCAACGGGAGAAAGAAGGAAGAGCCCUGAGUCUCAUUGUGCCGAAUAAUGAGGUAGUCGAGCACUCGCAGAUCCCUCACUGUGGACGGGGGACGGCAGUCCAGGGAAGCAGUCCAGCAGUCCAUCAAAUCUGGGGUGUUUCUUCUCGACCCGAAUACCGUGCUGAGCUCGAUGCCACCUCCAAAUAUCAGCACACUCCCGGGCCGUACGAACUCGAACCCCGAGCUGCGUCGCAGCGCUCCAACUUCACCGGACAGCUAGGGCAGAUGCCUGUGCAACAGAGUCUAGGGCUUAGGACGACUCAACCCUUUGAGUUGAUGGGUAGCGUUCCCCAGGAUCAGUCCCAACGCCCUCAAGCCCACACUAGCCUUCAAGCUGGUCAUCAGCAAGACAGAUAUAACAUGGCUGCUAUGGCAAACCAGUCUCGACCUCAGCAACGAUCAAGACAUCGACUCCCCCAGCCGUCACAAGUUGCCAGUGAAGGCCAGAGGAAUCGUGAACAAAAGCCGGCGUGCUUUCCACCUGGAAUUUUCGAGAAUCCAAGGACGCCUCCCAAAAUAAUCAGGCGCGUUGGGCCAGAAUCGAGACUCGACUUUCAGUAG